AUGGCCCCGGUGUCCCGGUCCCGCUACCCCAAGGAAGCUGUGGGCUCUCGGAGGUGGCGACGCCGCUCGUCGGGGAGCCCGCCUUUGGCGCAGGCCAGACGCUCCCCGUGGGGAGGCCUUGUCCGUUCUUAUUCCUGCGGCCGCGAGGCCCUCAGACCUCCGUGGGGAGGGUCGGGCGUUGGCGCCCCUUACCCGCUCGGCCGCUCUGAGUUUCGAGAACCACCGCCGGGGCCCCGCGACUAUGCGUUGUCGUCGUCCUCCGUCUAUUACGGCAGCGGGUACCACUACCAUCACCACCACUCCCCGAGGGACCGGCAGUGGGCGGAGGAGUACCAGAAGGAGGAGGAGAGCUAUCGUCAGAGGAGGCUGAAGGAGAGAGAAAGGAUUGGGGAGUUGGGCGCCCCUGAGGUGUGGGGGCUGUCUCCGAAGUUUCCUGAGCUGGAUUCUGAUGAGCACACCCCCGUGGAGGAUGACCAGGCGAAGGCUCAGAAGACCACCAGUUCAGAAUCCAGCUCUGAGGGAAAGAGGAAAAAGGCCAGUCGUUCAAAAAGCAAGAAAAAGAGAAAGAAAAAGUCCAAAAAGAAACACAGGAAAUAUUCUAAUGAUAGUGAUGGUAAUUCAGACUCCGACAUGGAUUCUAGCGAUGAUGAUAAAAAGAGAGCCAAAAAAGCCAAGAAGAAGGAGAAGAAAAAGAAACACAGGGCAAGAAAAAACAAGAAAAAGAAGAAGACUAAAAAAGAAUCCAGUGACUCAAGCUUUAAAGAUUCAGAAGGGGAGUUGCUGGAAGAUAUUUGGAUUAAGCAGUCAAAGAUUGCAGGUACCAUGGAUCUGAUAGGUCCAGAAGCACCCAUAAUACACAUGUCUCAAGAGGAGAAACCUUUGAACUAUGGCCAUGCUCUGCUCCCGGGUGAAGGUGCAGCAAUGGCUGAGUAUGUAAAAGCUGGAAAGCGAAUCCCACGAAGAGGUGAAAUUGGGCUGACAAGUGAAGAGAUUGCUUCAUUUGAAUGCUCAGGUUAUGUUAUGAGUGGUAGCAGGCAUCGUAGGAUGGAGGCUGUGCGACUGCGUAAAGAGAACCAGAUCUACAGUGCUGAUGAGAAGAGAGCGCUUGCAUCCUUUAACCAGGAAGAGAGGCGGAAGAGAGAGAAUAAGAUUCUAGCCAGUUUCCGAGAGAUGGUGUACAGGAAGACAAAAGGGAAAGAUGACAAGUAA